GUCCGCUGGGUCCCUCGUUCCCUCCUCUUCUUUUCUUCUUUUAUCUUCUCCAUUGCCUCCUCUUCCCCCAUUCUUAAUCUGAUCCCGUUGUACAUCACACAUUCUGCAUCAUGUUGAGUCGCUGUGGACGUCAGGCCUUGCGCCUGAUCCCGCGCACGGCAAGCUCCGCUAUUCGGUCGACUGCCAUCCCUCUCCAGCUUCGUCCUGCGACGGUUGCUCCUUUGCGCCUGCCGGGACAAGGCCGCAGCGUGUCCUCUUCGACUCGUGAAGGACAGCAGACUCUGCUCUCCGCACCCCUCGAGGAGUCCGACCCCGCCAUCUAUGACAUUCUCCAGAAGGAGAAAAAACGUCAGCAACAUUUCAUCAACCUCAUCCCCUCCGAGAACUUCACAUCACAAGCUGUCCUCGAUGCGCUGGGCAGUGUCAUGCAAAAUAAAUACUCGGAGGGAUACCCCGGCGCCAGAUACUAUGGUGGAAACGAACACAUUGACGCCUCUGAACGGCUAUGCCAGCAGCGUGCGCUCGAGACCUUUGGCCUUAACCCCGAAGAAUGGGGUGUGAACGUGCAACCGCUGUCUGGCUCGCCCGCUAACCUUUACGCCAUUUCCGCCAUCCUCAACACCCACGACCGCUUGAUGGGCCUGGACCUGCCCCAUGGCGGUCACUUGUCCCACGGCUACCAGACCCCCACCAAGAAGAUUUCGUUCAUCUCGAAGUACUUCGAAACGCUGCCCUACCGGCUAGAUGAGUCUACCGGUCUCAUUGACUACGACGCCCUGGAGAAGCAGGCGCUUCUCUACCGCCCCAAGCUCAUCAUCGCCGGUACCUCGGCCUACAGCCGCUUGAUUGACUACCCUCGCAUGCGCCAGAUCGCAGACGCCGCCGGCGCAUACUUGCUGAGCGACAUGGCCCACAUCUCCGGUCUCGUGGCCGCGGACGUCCUCCCGUCGCCCUUCGCCCACUCAGAUGUGGUGACUACCACGACCCACAAAUCGCUGCGGGGUCCCCGCGGCGCGAUGAUCUUCUUCCGCAAGGGUGUCCGCCGGACGGACAAGAAGGGCAACCCGGAGAGGUAUGACCUGGAGGGCCCGAUCAACGCGUCCGUGUUCCCAGGUCACCAGGGUGGCCCCCACAACCACACUAUCACCGCCUUGGCUGUGGCGCUGAAGCAGGCGCAGUCGCCUGAGUUCAAGACCUACCAGCAGACGGUGUUGGCCAAUGCGAAGGCCCUGGCAGACCGUCUUGGCAGCCCGCUUAGCAACGGAGGCCUGGGAUACAACAUCGUCUCUGGCGGCACCGACAACCACCUGGUGUUGGUGGACCUGAAGAACCGCGGGGUGGACGGCGCGCGCGUCGAGCGGGUGCUGGAGCUGUGCGGUGUGGCCAGCAACAAGAACACGGUGCCGGGUGACAAGUCGGCUCUGAAGCCCGGUGGUCUACGUCUGGGCACGCCGGCCAUGACGACGCGAGGCUUCCAGCCGGAGGACUUCCGCCGCGUCGCAGACAUUGUGGACCGGGCGGUGAUCAUCACACAGAAACUGGACAAGGCAGCCAAGGAGAGCGCGGCGGCAAAGGGUGUGAAGAACCCGAACACCGUCAAGGCUUUCUUGGAAUAUGUGCGCGAGGGCGAGGAGAUUCCGGAGAUUGUGCUCCUGCGGCAGGAGAAUCACUAUGCACAUCAGUCAAGUACAUCAUUCCCCACAUUCAUAUAUUCUUCCAUCCAUGCCCGUAUCCCAAUAUCAAAACCAGUAAUACUAACGAUAAUAAACCAAAAGCUCUACACGUACCCCAUCAAAUCCCUUCAAGGCGUCCCCAUCUCCAGCGCAACCUUCACUCGAACCGGCUUCCCCUAUGACCGCCAUUAUAUGCUCCUCAAAGUCCUUCCCAAUGGCGAAUACAAGAAUAUGCAUGUGCCUCAUUUCCCGGAAAUGUCGCUAUUCUACACCGAUAUCAUUCACAGUGAUGAUGGCAAGAAAGCAACAGGGUCUGGGUCCAGCAGGAUAGUGGUUACAUAUCGUCCUCCUCCCGCUGCUGAUCAAUCCCAGUCCCAGCGGAAGUUGGAGGUACCGCUGAUAACCGAUACGGCGGGGUUGAAGGAAGUAAAAGUCGUCAUGCACCAGAGUCCGACAAAGGGCUAUAUCAUGGGAGAGGAGUAUAACGGGUGGUUUAGUGGGUGUUUUGGAUAUCGGGUGGUGCUUGUCUAUUUGGGCGGUAAUUAUAGAGGUGUUUUAGGAACUUUUGCGCCGGAGAAGAGUGCGGCGCAUAGAGGCAUACAGGGGUGGUGGUGGAGGGACGGGGCGCUAGGUCUAGGAACAGGGCUGGUGGGUGUGAUGAUUUUGUUGUCUUGGGUAGGUAUGAGUAUGGGAUUACUGGGGGGUAUAGGAGCAACAGGGGCAGCAGGAGCUGUUGUUUGGUAUGGAGCUGGACGCCAGAAUAAAAAGGAAGAGCAGAUUACUUUUGCUGAUACGGCGCCGUAUCUGAUUGUGUCGCGCACUUCAGUCGAGGAUGUCUCGGCACGGUUAGCUGGUGAUGAGGAAAUGGACGUUACCAAGGCCCGGCCGAACAUUGUCAUAUCUGGUGCAGAGACGGCCUUUGAGGAGGACUUUUGGGCUGAAGUACAGAUUGGAGAGUCUGGUUCGGCAAAGCUAUUGCUCACGGCCAAUUGUAUACGGUGUCAGAGUCUUAAUGUUGACUAUACGACGGGGAAGAUGGGUACCGGCGAGUCAGGGACUGUGCUAAAGAAGUUGAUGAAGGAUCGCCGAGUCGAUAAGGGCGCCAAGUUCAGUCCGGUGUUUGGUCGAUAUGGGUUUUUGGAUGGAGGGUCGGAUGGCCGGACGGUGCGGGUUGGAGAUGCGGUGGUUGUAGCAAGAAGGGUUAAGGAACGGACGGUUUAUGGUGAGUGUGCUACUGUUCUACCUUCUGAGAGUUCUUGUUAUCUUCACAUCCCGCCCAUCGAUCCAUCCUCAUCCGUUUCGCACGGCGGGGUCAUGGAUUACUCCGUCAACCUCCGCCGCAAGGAUACCACCAAGGGUCCGCCUUUGCGGAUCCUGUCGCUUGAUGGCGGCGGCGUCCGUGGUUACUCCAUGCUUAUCAUCCUCCAAGAACUCAUGUACCGCGUCUACGUUGAAUGCGAAGGCAAAGCUCCUCGUCGCGAUGAAAUCCCCAAACCCUGUGACCACUUCGACCUCAUCGUUGGCACCGGAACCGGCGGCCUAAUCGCCCUCAUGCUGGGCCGGCUACGCCUGGAUCUCGAGACCUGCAAAGAUGUCUAUGUCCGCAUGACCCGCCGCGUGUUCGAAACCGACAAGACGUUCGCCGGCAUCCCGUUCCAUAAGACACUGUUCAAGGCUUCCAAGCUGGAAGAAGCCAUCCGCGAAUGCGUCCGCGAGCAUACCGUCUUCGAAGCGGAGGGGAACGAUUUGAGCCCGUCGGCGCGCAACUCGCUGGCCAGUGCCCCUUUUAGUCCCAACUCCAUGUCGGUGCCCCAGCGCUCGGGCAGUCGGGCUAGCUUCAGUACGACUGGCUCUCAUUCGUCGGGUCAUGCUAGUCAGCGCAAUUCGACAUUUGUGAACGGUUUGCGCUGGGGGAAUCCGGAUGCGCUGUUGUAUGAUAACCGGGAGUAUCGGACGAAAACUGCUGUGACUGCACUCUACAAAGGUACCACGUCCCGCAACGGCUCUACCGUCCUCCUCCGGUCCUACGAUUCGCGAAAGGAACCCCCGCCCGAGUUCAACUGCACCGUCUGGCAGGCUGGUCGUGCCACUUCGGCUACCGGGCUAGCCUUCAAGCCCAUUCAGAUUGGACAGCACGUCUUCAUCGACGAAGGUGCCGGUACCUACAACCCCUCGCCGCAGGCGCUGGAUGAAGCGGUUAUGAAUGAGUGGCCCGGUCGCGAAAUCGGUGUGUUUGUCAGCGUGGGAACUGGCAAGCGCCCACCAGGCACCAACAAUCGGCAACACGAGUGGUGGGAGGACUUCUUUGGGGAUGCCCUGGGCACAUUCGCGGAAGCCCGUCGACGCCUGAUCGCCAAGAUCGAAGGUUGCGAGGAUAUUCAUUUGGCGAUGCUGCGCGACCAUCUAGCUAAGCGCAAUGUGAGCAAGGACAACUACUACCGGCUGAACGUCGAGGUGGGCGUGGGCGAAUUUGGCAUGAAUGAAUGGAACCGGCUGGCAGACAUCAGCACCAACACGCGGCGUUACCUGACGCGACCGGAGGUGAAGCACCAGAUCCUGGAUGCGGGUGUCAAGUUCGCCAAAAUUGAGCGCCAACACCGCCGGCUGGCUGACCAUGCGGCGGCGGGUCAGGUCGAUGAUGGGACCUCGUCUAUCAUGCACAGUCCAGUGCUGUCGGUGCCGCCGCCAUCGCACCCGAUGGCCGUGGAGCUACCAGCUGAGCUGCCGGGUGACUUUGUGCCUUAUAUCACAACAGAGGACUCGCUGCCGGCGCACCCCACGCCACAGGAUACUGUUCUACCAUCACCAGGGCGGACAUCAGGCGACCUGGCCAGUCCGGGGGCUGGCGAGGUCAGUCGGCCUAGCUCGCGGACGCACGGGUCCUCUCGACCCAGCACCGGGCAUGGCCACGAUGGGAUGCCUCCGCCGGUGCCUCCCAAGACACCGAUUCCUUAUCCUUCUGGGUAUCCCAGUGAACUGGGAGGUAUUCCGAUGCCGAUGCCGACAACGACCAGCCCGGGACACAGUCACAGUGGAAGUUUGAGUGGGAAACUUCGACCGCCGUAUCCAGUGGACGAGCCACCGGUGGUAAACAAGCAGCGGAAGCCGAGUUACCAUGUGCGGUGAUGAUACCAAUACCUUCCUGUAUCUAUUUUAUGCUUUUUUUUCUUUUUUUGAUUUCUGAUGAUGAGUCUACUUCUAUGGUGUAUGAGGGAGGCGUCUGCGAGAAUCCUGCGAGGAAAGCGGGCGAUUUCCGGUUAUGAUCUGAUGGAUACCCUAAUGACCCGUUAAUGAAUGAAUAUUCUUGUUGAGAAGGCUGGAUAGUGUGCGUAGAUAGAAAUGGUGUAAAAUGUUCUAGAAG